ACCGAUUGUUUGUCUUUGCCUUGGUAUCGGCCUCUCCGGGAAGAUGGCUACGGUGGGCUAGCUGGAUCGUAACGACGAAACGUUAAUGUAUAUAAAUUAGCGAUUUUAUUAGCUUGAUUUGCAAAGUAUUACCGCAGCAGAAGCCGUAUUAGGCAGCCCUUAAAAUGACUCUUCGGGCCGGCGUGCGGCAUGGCGGUGGCCGAAUUAUGUGCUUCCUUAUUCUACUGAACGUCGUGUUGUUUUCAACCGGAGUUAUAGCAACUCAAGAAGAGAAUAAAGUCAUUCACGAGGAGCAGCCCGCGGAGCUGCAGAAGGCAACCGCCGGUCACGCACCCGGCCCGGCAGUGAGAGUCGAUGAACCCAAUAAGGGAAACCUGGGCUUUAUUCAUGCCUUUGUGGCAGCCCUCUCAGUCAUCAUUGUCUCUGAACUGGGAGACAAGACAUUCUUCAUCGCAGCCAUCAUGGCUAUGCGCUACAAUCGCCUCACUGUUUUGGUGGGCGCCAUGUUGGCUCUGGGACUCAUGACGUGUCUGUCAGUCCUGUUUGGUUAUGCCACCACCAUUAUCCCACGGAUUUACACCUACUACAUAUCAACAGCGCUGUUUGCCAUAUUUGGUGUGAGGAUGCUGAGGGAGGGACUGAGGAUGAGUCCUGAUGAAGGGCAAGAGGAGCUGGAGGAGGUCCAGGCUGAGAUAAAGAAAAAGGAUGAGGAGCUUCAGCGCUAUAAGCUAGCCAGCGGCGCACCCGACAUGGAAGCAGGGACGGCGGCGACCAUAUUACCUCAGAGGAAGUGGCACAGCGUGAUCUCACCUAUAUUCAUUCAGGCACUCACCCUCACCUUCCUCGCUGAGUGGGGUGACCGCUCUCAGCUUGCCACUAUUGUGCUGGCUGCAAGAGAGGAUCCAUUUGGAGUAGCAGUUGGAGGAACAUUGGGACACUGUCUGUGCACAGGCCUGGCUGUUAUCGGUGGAAGGAUGGUGGCUCAGAAGAUCUCCGUUAGAACCGUUACAAUCAUUGGUGGAAUAGUUUUCCUUGCCUUUGCGUUCUCCGUCCUCUUUAUCAAGCCCGAUUCUGGAUUCUGAUGGAAGAAUUGACUCUUGGUUUCAUUUUGUAUAUAUGCAACCCAGACCAAGUGGAACAGAGAGAGACUGCACAAAGACUGCAGAUGGCUUGUUUAUAU